UUGGGCGGCCGGGCUGGCGCGGCGCUCGGUGUCCCGGCAGGGAGCUGCCAUCAGGUCACAGGCGGCUGUCCCGGAAGCGGGCUCUUGCUGCCCGCGCCCAAAGGGGCCGGUCACUUCGCGCGUCCUCCCGGCCCCGGAGCAGGCCCCCGGCCGCCAUGCAUCAGCACUGUACUGUCCACUCGGCCAAGGGCAUGCUGCCCCCCCGGGGCUGCCCGGAGAGCUACUUCUUGGACCCGGAGUUGGGGCACAAUAAAGACAUCCUGACAGAGGAUGAUGUUUACUGCAGCUGCCUUGCCAAGACCCUCUGCCACGUGCCUGUGCCUGUGACCGUGGGUUUCUACGCCCCCUUUGGCUGCCGCCUGCACCUGAUGCUGGACAAGAUCACUGCGCUGAUGGAGCAGGAGGCCGCGCAGCGCGAGGCAGAGGAGCUGCAGCGUGUGCAGUGGCGGCCGCGGUCCGUGAGCCGCUGGGGCUUCCCGCAGCUGCUGUGGUACCUGGUGUUCAUGCAGCCGAUCAUCACUGAGGUGCACCUGCGGCGCAAGAAUGUGAAAUUCCUCUUCAUCCGCUUCAGCGCCUGGGAGUACGAGGGCUCGGACAAGCUGUGGGCCGGCCUGGUGACCACGCUGUGUGAGGGCAUCCGCCACCACUACGGCCCACUGCCCUUCAGCGUGUACUCGGUGCUGGGCAACAAGGCGAUGACGUCGAAGGGCUUCCGCCAGCGCGAGUGGCACUGCCGGCGCCGCGUGUGCCUGGCGCUGGUGGCCCUGCUGGUGGCGCUGGGCUUUGGCGUGGCCCUGCUCUACCUGUCGCUGGGCGCCCACGCGCUGAGCCACAGCAGCACUGACAACCACGUGCUGCGGGUGUUCGGCGGCGCAGCCACCACGCUGUCAGGCUCGGGCCUGCUCAUGGCCGUGUACUCGGUGGGCAAGCACCUGUUCGUGAGCCAGCGCAAAAAGAUCGAGCAGCUCGUGUCGCAGGAGAAGUUCGGCAGCCAGCUGGGAUUCAUGGGCGAGGUGAAGAGGGAGGUGGAGCUGGUCACCAACUUCCUGUGCUUCAUGGAGAUCUACCAGCGGUGCCGCCUGCGCAUCGUGCUCGAGAUCACGGGGCUGGACACGUGCCGCUCGGAGAACGUGGUGGGCGUGCUCAACGCAAUCAACACCCUGUUGUCCGACAGCCACGCGCCCUUCAUCUCCAUCCUGGUGGUGGACCCCAGCAUCAUGGCCGCGUGCCUCGAGUGCGCUGGCUGCAUGAAGGGCACGGCGGACAACGGCUACCUCUUCCUCAACCGCACCGUCACGCUGCCCUUCUCCGUGCCCAUCAUGGGCCGCCGCACCAAACUGCAGUUCCUGCACGACGCCGUGCAGAGCCGCGACGACCUGCUGUACCGCGAGAUGGCGCACCAGCUGCGGCCGGGGAGCCCUGGCGCCGACGAGGGCUCUCAGCUGCUGGCGGUGGAGAUGCAGGAGGGGGCCCGGCUGACGCAGAGCCACAUAGACGCCGAGGCUGCGCGCCGCAUCCGAGAGGCGCUCCUCUGCCUGCACGACGACCGGGACUGCCUCUACGAGUACGUGGCCGACAACUUGGUGUCCAUGCGGCGCAUCGUCAACACCGUGCCCAUCACCGUGCGCCUGCUGCAGCAGCAGCAGCGGGACUUCGGCGGCCCCACGCCGCGCCAGGCUGUGGCCUGGGUCGUGCUCGCCAACCAGUGGCCCUGCCGCCUCAGCUGGGCGCUGCAGUGUCUAGAGGACCGGCAGCAGGCCGGGGGCGCCCCGGAGGCCCACGCACGCCUCUGGGACGUUUUCCGUGAUAACUGCCAGGAGCUGCACACCAUGACCAAGCCGUUGCACAACGUGCUCGAUCUGGACGGCGACCCCGAGCUCUUUCAGCGCUUCCUGAGCGAGGACUUCCCCUUCUCUGUGGCUGAGGCACAGACCCUGCUGCGCUGUACGGUCAACCUGGACCACUCCAUCCGCCGUCGUAUGGGCCUCAUCCGGGCUGUCAGCACGCUAAAGCCGCCCAGCCCGCCCAAAUCCCCAGCGGGCGACGCUGCGCACGCAGCCAACCUUGCCUCCCGGGCUGACGGCGCCACUAAUGGAGCUGACCGGAGCCCUGGGGCGGCCCGGUCAGGCCACUCUGCGGGGCGCAGCCCUGCGCAGACCAGCCCUUCCCGCAGCGAAAGCCCCCACUCCCGAGCCAACCACGCCUCCCAGGCUGCCCACGGGACCCACAGAGUGGACCAAAGCCCUGGGGCCAGUCGGCCAGGCCACUCUGCGGGUCACAAUCCUGCGCGGGCCAGCGAAGCCCCCCCCUACACCUGCAGUGAAGUCCCCCACCCCCACAAGGAAGUCCCCCACCCCUGCAGCGAAAACCCCCACUCCCAAGACUUGACCCACCGGAGUAAGCCGAGACCAGUGGCUUGAGCGCUCUGUGCUUUAGGGAAUCCAACCCAGGGGUGCCUUGGAUGAAGGACUCUGGGGCCAGCAGGGGGGCAACAGCACCCCUUCUACCCAGGGGAGGACACUUGUAGGGGACAAGGCCCAGGGUCCAGUGUUGGGAACGAGGCUGGUGCUGGCUACAUUACCCCGGUGAAUCUGCGAGCUGGCAAGAGCUGUUGGCAGUAGCUGACAAUGACACCAGUGUCAGAAAGAGGUGCCAAAG